ACCACAGGCAGCGCCUGGGUUCAUUUGAGAGGCUAAUGGAGCUUUCCCUUCCUCCCGACUCUCCACUUCGUCACUCGCUAUCCACACCCACCUUCUCCAUUCAUCAUCGUCAUCUCCUUACCCUGUUGUUCCCUCUUCCCCGUCGCAGACGCAUCAAGAAUCCGAUUUCCGGAUUACGAUUCUCGCCUCCCACUUCAUGCGUGGUGGAGGCCGAUGCCUCAGUGCCCGUCGCUAUCACUGCCCCGGAGCACGCCGGCGGCAAGAUGGUGAUGGAGCUCGUGGGUGCUUUCAACGAGCUCACGGAAAGGAUGAAUGUCCUGUCUACCAGCUCCUCUCGUCUUCUUUUCAAGUCUCUCAAGCUGUCAAUUCCCAUCUUGCAAAGUUUGCCUCUUGCUCCGGAUGGUCGUUCUCCACUUUCCAAGGCCUUGUCUGUGGCUAUGGUUCUCGCUGAUCUGCAGAUGGAUGCCGAAGUGAUCUCAGCUGGAAUAUUGAGAGAGGUGUGGGAGGCAGGCGCAGUAUCUAUAAUUGAAAUACGAAAUCAGAUCGGUGCCGGUACUGCUCAUCUGUUGCAUGAAAGUUUACGUGUGAGGAACAUUCCAUCCAGCGUAGAUGUUCUAGAUGAUGAUAACGCCGCAGCAUUAAGAAAGUUCUGCCUGACUUAUUACGAUAUUAGGGCUUUAAUUUUAGACUUGGCUUUGAAUCUUGACAUGAUGAGACAUCUUGACUACCUUCCUAGAUAUCAGCAACAGAUCCAUUCUCUAGAAGUUAUGAAAAUACAUGCUCCACUAGCUCAUGCAGUAGGAACUAAGUACUUAUCACUGGAAUUGGAAGACCUCUCAUUUCGCUAUUUGUUUCCUUAUUCUUAUCUUUAUGUGGAUGCAUGGUUACGAAGUCACGAGGCUGGGGGUAGAUCUCUAAUUGAUAUAUAUAGGGACGAGUUGCUGCAAAACUUAGAAGCUGAUGCGUUGCUUGCAGCCAUGGUGGAUGAUAUCUCAGUUAAGGGUCGCUAUAAGAGUCGAUAUAGCACAAUGAAGAAGAUUUUGAAAGAUGGUCGGAAACCAGAAGAUGCUAACGAUGUGCUAGGACUACGAGUGAUAUUAAAUCCCAGGCCUGGAGAUGAUACACUGGAAGUUGGAGAGCAAGCGUGCUACAGGACUCGCCAAAUCAUCCAAUCUUUAUGGAAGGAAAUUCCUCAUAGGACAAAAGAUUAUAUUGCCAAGCCCAAAGAAAACGGGUAUAGGAGCUUACAUAUGGCAGUGGAUGUGAGUGACAACGGGAGGGCCAGGCCACUAAUGGAAAUACAAAUAAGAACAACUCAAAUGGACAGUUUAGCUGUUGGCGGAACAGCAUCCCAUUCAUUAUACAAGGGGGGCGUUACUGAUCCAGAAGAGGCAAAACGUUUAAAGACCAUUAUGCUUGCCGCAGCUGAGCUGGCUGCUCUGCGUCUUAGAGAUCUUCCAAGUGCAAAUCUUAAGGGAAUAGAGAUGGACCAGAGAAAUAGAGUAUUUUACCUUCUCGACAAAAAUGGUGAUGGUAGAAUUAGCAUUGAGGAACUUACAGAGGUAAUGGAGGAGCUUGGUGCCCCAGGGGAAGAUGCCCGGGAGAUGAUGCUGCUCCUUGAUUCAAACAGUGACGGUUCCCUGAGCUCUGACGAAUUCGAUAAAUUCCAACAACAGGUUGAGAUUGUGCGGAGUUUAGAGGUUCAAGACGAAGAAUACAAGAAAAUGUUAGGCGAGAGGCUUCAUCCUGCGGAUGAAAGUGGUUUGAUUCAGGCAUACAGCAAGGAGUUUGGCAACAGGCUUGCCAGCUAGUGCCGCCUCUUCCUCUUCCCCUCCCCUUCUUCAUGUAGCAAUUUAUUGCCUCGGCUGCUAUUUCUUUUCGAGCUCGGGCUUGGAUGAUCUACAGUGAUUGAACCCUCCUAUCCUUGGAAACUGGGAACGAUGAGUGGCCCAUUUGUAAGUCCUCUAUUUUUCAUGUAUAAAAAUUAACUGUACAGUGAAAUUCCUGUGUGAUAGAGAAAUUGUUUUAAGAUGUCACAAUGGGAAUCUGAUAGAUAACUUGCUGAGUCAGUGAAUUGCGUCGUUCGAGCACCAGUAAGCUUCAAUGAUGGGAUAACUGCAGUAAAGAGAGAACUUGGCUCGCAUCAUGUUGUGUUAUAGAUUUUUUCACUUCAUUCGUAAUAUCGCCUGUAUUUCAAUACAUUGAUACAUGGAUGAACCUCAGCUUCGAUGGUGCCGUAUUUUUCUUUAAUUGGUUGGCAUCCAGAAGUUGUGUGCAAAAUUUUUGCUUCAAGUAUACAGAACAAGUGCAGGGUCGCUAUUUUCAGA